UGUCCUGGAGAUUCCACUCUGCUGCAGCUGGUGGACCGACCCUGGCUGGGAGCGGCGUUGGGGCUCAGAGUAGGUGGGCGCCGAGGGCCCAGCGCACCAGGGAAGCCGAGGUCGUGGGGCCGGCGCUUUUUUCCGUCUCCCGCCGCACUCCUGGGGCGGGCGGCGUUCACUGGGCCGAAGAGAAGUUUCAGCCACGUGUCCUGAGCGACGCCAGACUUUUACUUGUUAUAAACUGAUGGAUUUUCCAUCUCUCAACUAACAGUAUUGGAGCUGUAACAUCAUCAGAUUUGAAAUAAAUCUGUAUUCAUGAAGAGUGACUGCAUGCAAACCACAACAUGUCAAGAAAGAAAAAAAGAUCCAAUAGAAAUGCUUCAUUCUGGGCAGCUGGUAAAAGUCUGCGCCCCAAUGGUGCGAUAUUCAAAGUUGGCUUUUAGAACACUGGUAAGAAAAUACAGUUGCGAUCUGUGCUAUACGCCAAUGAUAGUUGCUGCUGAUUUUAUCAGAUCUAUAAAAGCCAGAGACAGUGAAUUUACCACAAACCAAGGUGAUUGCCCAUUGAUUGUUCAGUUUGCUGCUAAUGAUGCAAGAGUUUUAUCUGAUGCUGCUCGUAUAGUCUGUCCUUAUGCGAAUGGAGUAGACAUUAACUGUGGUUGUCCUCAGAGGUGGGCAUUGGCAGAAGGUUAUGGAGCUUGCUUAAUAAACAAUCCAGAGCUUGUUCAAGACAUGGUGAAACAAGUAAGAAAUCAAGUGGCAAACCCCAGAUUUUCAGUAUCUAUUAAAAUAAGGAUCCAUGAUGACCUUACAAGAACUGUAGAUCUUUGUCGAAAGGCUGAAGCGACAGGGGUUUCCUGGAUUACAGUCCAUGGAAGAACUGUUGAAGAAAGACAUCAGCCAGUUCACUAUGAGGCCAUUAAAAUAAUUAAGGAAAAUAUAUCUAUACCUGUAAUUGCUAAUGGAGACAUCAGAAGCUUAAAAGAAGCAGAAAAUGUGUGGCAUAUUACUGGGACAGAUGGUGUGAUGGUUGCAAGAGGACUCUUAGCCAACCCGGCCAUAUUUGCUGGAUAUGAGGAAACCCCACUGAAAUGCAUCUGGGACUGGGUUGACAUUGCUCUUGAACUUGGAACUCCUUAUAUGUGUUUCCAUCAACAUUUAAUGUACAUGAUGGAAAAGAUAACUUCGAGGCAGGAAAAAAGAAUAUUUAAUGCUUUGUCAAGCACAUCAGCAGUCUUAGAUUACCUUACAGACCAUUAUGGGAUUGACUGGACUUCCUAAAUUAUUUUCUAUCUUUAGUGAAACCAACCAGGGUCACAUCUUGGUUUUCACUUUGAAUCAGUGGCUCGCAAACAUUAGUAUAAAAACAAUGCCCUGACAGAAUUUUUAAAAGUCAUUCCUAGACCAUAUCCUCAGAGAUUCUGAUUCAGUAAAUCUCUAGGGUGGACCCAAAAUUUAGUUUUAAAGAAGACCCCAGGUGGUUCAAACAUUGACAAACAUUG